AUGAACAGCAAGCUGUUGGAUGGCGAUGUCCGUGGAGCUGUCAGACUUGUUGCCUCCUCUAACCGGCUUUUGUCCCCAUCUCCUCCCGUUUUGUCUAAUUUGAGAUCCAAGCACCCCAGUCUUCCAGUAAACUCCCGCACCCAACCCGCUAUCGAUACGACCGCCCUUCCGCAACUGCUGGUUACCGCUUCACAGGUCGAGAAGGCACUGAAAAGUUUUUCCCCAAGCAGUAGUGGGGGUAUAGAUGGGCUGAAGCCCGGACACAUUAAAGACUUGACUUCACCUCUUACUGCUGAGGCAGGCCGUCUCCUCUUGGAAUCUAUCACCAAUCUCUGUAACCGUCUUAUCGGUGGUAAUUUACCGGAUUUUGCUCGGGCGAUUUUCUUCUCGGCUAAUCUCACUGCUUUGGGUAAAAAAGAUAACGGGGUCAGGCCGAUCGCCGUGAGUAAUGUUUUCCGUAGAUUGGCCGGAAAGCUCGUUUGCCACGUUGUGAUCCCCGAGUUGGUCCCGAAAUUUUUGCCAGUCCAAUUGGGCGUCGGCGUCAGUGGAGGGUGUGAAUCGGCUGCCCAUGCCGUAAGAGAACUUAUGGAUUCUUCAUUGGAAUAUCUUUUAGUUAAACUUGACAUAUCAAAUGCGUUUAACACAGUGAGACGGGAUCAUUUGCUCGAGACCUGCCUUUCUCUCGCCCCCUCCGCCUAUCCUCUGGUCCACCUUUCGUACUCACAACCCAGCCUCCUCCUGUUUGGCGAUUCCUUUAUCGUCUCAUCGACCGGAGUGCAACAGGGAGAUCCCCUGGGGCCUUUUCUAUUUGCUAUGUGUGUCAACUCCGUCGCUCAUUCUGUCCGCUCUACAGUAAAUAUCUGGUACUUGGACGACGCGACGAUUUGUGGACCUCCCCGCUCUGUCUUAGACGACCUGCGGAGCAUUAUCCCGGCCCUUUCAUCCAUCGGUCUGGAGAUAAACUCAAGCAAGUCCGAAGUCCUAAAUCUGAAUAUUCCUUCCGAUUUUUUUGCCGAAACUCUGGACACCCUGGAACCUAUUCUAAAAGGCGCGCGGGUAUCAGAAACAAAGGACCUUGGUUCGCCAAUUGGUCACGAGGCCCUCUUACAAACGCUCAUCGCCAAGGCAAGCAAUCUGUCAAACAUGAUCGAACGGCUUUCCCUCAUUGAUGCCCACGUCGGGUUCUUUCUUAUGCGUAACUAUUUCUCAACUCCGAGGCUUUUGUACACCCUAAGGAGUUCUUGUUUUCGCAUGCCUAAUCUGUUAUCCGAUAUCGAUUCUAUCUUGAAGUCUGGAGCCGAGUAUCUGUGCAACAUCCAUUUCGACGCUCUGGGGUGGCUUCAAUCUUCCCUGCCUGUUAAUCUCGGGGGGAUUGGCCUUCGUUCGCCCGUUUAUCUGGCUCUUCCUGCCUUCCUCUCGUCCCUGGCAUCAUCCCGUGCCCUCACUGACAUCGUUCUCAGAAACCUUCCCGAACGAAAAAUGUCAGUUGAUCACGUGGCCGCUCUCGACCUUUGGGAUUCUGCGUAUACCAAAAGACCUGCCGACCCAUCCGUCCAGGGUCAGUGGGAUUCGAUCACUUGUGACACUCUCUCCUCUGUCCUGCUUCAGAGUUUCGACCAGCACAGGCUGGCCUGUCUUCGUGCGGGCUGCAGUCCGGGCAGUGGGGCCUGGCUUGACGCCCUUCCCCAACCGAACAUCGGGACACUACUAGACGGCGAUUGUCUCAGAGUCGCUAUUUCUCUGCGUCUCGGUUUGAAUAUCUGUGAAAUUUACAAGUGCCGCUGUGGGGCCAUGAUCGACCAGUACGGACUACACCCUCUUUCCUGCAGACGCAGUGCUAGGCGGGCACCACGCCACACAGCCUUAAAUGACGUUGUCUUGAGGGGUCUCAAUGCUGCCGGAAUUCCAUCAAUCCUAGAACCGGCUGGGCUUGCUAGGGGAGACGGAAAAAGACCUGACGGUCUAUCCACCUUCCCCUUUGAGUUUGGCAAGUCGCUGAUUUGGGACGCGACAUGUUCAGAUACUUUCUCUGAACCUAAUCUUCCCUUGUCAGCCGUCGCAGGCGGUUCGGUGUCCCUUAGAACAGAAAAGCUUAAGAUUGCGAAAUAUAGAGAACUCUCGGAGCGAUAUCUAUUCGCCCCUGUUGCUGUCGAGACUUCAGGGGUCAUUGGGGAAAAGUCUUUGACUUUCCUUUAUAAGCUCGGACGUCUGAUCUCUCUGAAGAGAAAUGACACACGCGAGACGGGCUGGCUUCUUCAGAGGAUUUCCCUUGCCAUCGUACGAGGAAACUGUUUCUCCAUCUACGAAGCGGGGAAGUCCUCUAACUAA